AUCCUUGGAUUAUAAAAACAACCAACAUGUGAACGGCUUCAGUAUUUCCAUGAAAUCAAAAGGUCUAUUGUCUCGUGCAUAGUUCCGUAUAACCGUCUGUCAUAACCUGAAGCCUGAAACGGCUGAUUACAAAAUAAAUUAUUGAACCAGUGCUCUGUCGCUUCCCUGUGGCAGAGAGCCGUGAACGUCUCUGACAAUUACCUUUGAGCAACAUGGCAACCAGGUGGGGAAUCUGCAGUGCGGGGAAUAUCAGUCAUGACUUCACUGUGGCUCUGAAAACUCUUCCUGCUGAAGACCAUCAGGUUGUGGCUGUUGCAGCCCGUAAGUUGGAGGACGCUCAGGAGUUUGCCAGGAAACACAGCAUCUCCCGGGCUUACGGCAGCUAUGAGGAGCUGGCCAGAGAUCCAGACAUAGAUGUGGUGUAUGUUGGGAACAUCCAACCCUACCACCUGAAGGCCUGUCUGCUCUUUAUGAAUGCAAAGAAGAACGUUCUGUGUGAGAAGCCGCUGGCCAUGAACACCAAGGAGGUGAAAGAGAUCCUGGACUCUGCCAAAAGGAAUCAAGUCUUCCUCAUGGAGGCUGUGUGGACCCGAUUCUUCCCCGUUUCUGCGGAGGUCAGAAAGCUGCUGGCGGAGGGGGAGAUAGGGGAAGUGAAGAUGGUCCGGUCGGAGUUUGGCGUUCCCCUGUUGCACAAGCCCAGAUUAGUAGAGAAGGAGUUGGGUGGAGGAGCGUUGAUGAGUCUUGGAAUGUACUGCCUGCAGUUCGUGUGUAUGGUGUACAAUGGAGAGAGGCCAGAGAGCAUCCAAGCUACCGGGGUCUGCCUGGAGACAGAGGUGGAUGAGACUGUGAUUGUCACUCUGAAGUUUUCUGAGAAGAGAAUGGCCGUGUUUACUUACUCUUCGAGUAUGAAUCUUGUGAAUGAUGCUGUUAUUGUGGGAACCAAGGGCACAAUUCAGAUCCCUGCCCGGAUGUGGUGCCCCACAUCAUUGGUUGUGAAUGGGAAGGAGACCCAGUACCCCGUACCCGAACCAGGCUUGCCACUGAACUUUAACAAUGGCACAGGAAUGCGGUAUGAAGCAGAAGAGGUCCGACAGUGCUUGCUCAAAGGGCUGAAGGAGAGUCCAGUCAUGUCUCACUCUGAUUCUCUUCUGCUAGUUGAACUGGAGGAUGAGAUCCGCAGGCAGAUGGGUGUGGUGUACACCCAGGACAGCCAGUAAAUGUUUAACACUGACUGAAGAACAGUUAACUGAAAAUUACUUGAUUACUGUGAUCUGUAAACUGAAGCACUUUUGAUCAUGCCUAAAAUAAAACCUCCUAAAGAUUUCAGUCUACAAUGUUUAAUUUGAAUUUGGCAGGGGACAGAUUAAGAUUCAUAUCUUACAGACUUGAGAAAAUGUCAGGUUCACCAAUAUUCUAAACAAAACUCAUAAC